AUGAACCAAGGUUUUUGGAGGACAACAAAGACCGAGAUGACUAUUAAAGAAAAGAAGAUUAAGAAUAAGACAGAUAGACACUCCACUAGAAUAUCACUUGAUGAGAGGCUAAAAAAUGCAAACUUACUCAUAAACGUGGGAACUAUUGAACUAUGGGUAGAUGAGAAGGAGGAGGAGGAAGGCCAUAGGAACCGAAUCGAGGCUCGAGGAGGAUUGGACUCCGAAGGAGGACAUACGAGUGACGACUGCCGACUAGAGUGGAUUGGGUGGUGGGAGGGGCUAGGUGUGGGCAUGUGGGCGGUCGGCGGUGUGUGA